UGCUGUGCAAAUUUUGAGCCAAUACAAGUUUGUUUGUGUAAUGGCAAUGGGAUCUCUGUUUCCUCGUCUACCAGAUGAAAUUGGGUUCGAAUGCCUGUUGAGGGUGGAGUUGAACUCUCAUCACAACCUCAGGUGUGUCUGCAAAAGCUGGAACGCCGCACUGAAAAACCCCCGCUUUUAUCAAGAAAGAAAGAGAUUGAAGAUUUCAGAGCAACGGAUUUGUAUGGCGCAGAAAAUAGACGGCAAUUGGGACAUAGUGGUAUACGACCUGGAGAAGAACUCCUGCAAAAGUCUACCGCCCAUUCCCCAAUUAAUUUACGGUACCUGUCACUGCCAUGUCGUGAAACAAAAACUGAUUUUGAUUGGGAAUACCUUUCGCGCCGGUGGAGGAAAUUGUUUAUUGUUGUAUGAUUUUGCUUGUUCCAAAUGGCGGGAGGGUGCAGGAAUGCCCGACUGGCGGGAACGAUUUGCCUCCGCAGCGGACGAGGAGAGGGGACUGAUUUAUGUGGGUGGAGGCUUUAACUGCAGAUUUGGCCUCACUAGCGCUUCAGUUUACAAUGUGGAGGAGGACAGGUGGGAUCUCCUCCCUAAUAUGAACAGCUGUAUGGACGGCUUUACAGGUGUUUUUGCUGACUCCAAGUUUUAUGUAAUGGACCACCGGUUUUAUGUAAUGGAGAACCAUUACCGCACUACUGAGGUUUUCGAUUCCUACACGAGAAGCUGGAAAACUAUCGAGAAUAGAUUCAACAGUGUCAGUGUGUGCUUGUUUGACCGCUUGUACUGCUUUUCUGGUAUGGGAUUGAUUGAAUAUGACUAUAGACAAGAUAAAUGGAACAUUGUAGAGACUUUUCCAACGGAGGAUUGGCACUUUAUUGUUUUCGCUGUAGUGGUUCGCCAUAACAUCUUUAUUUGCAUAUUGGAUCGCAUUCGAGGUCAAACGUUUUAUAUGCUCAGACCUCCAAGUGAGAGAGGAGGAGGAGGAGCAUUCAAGUGGACUGCAAUUGAGAAACCAUUGGGCUUACAGGGUUCCGCUAUACAUGCUGCUACCUUGGAUCUUUGACUAUUUUUGAGCUUGGAUUCAGCUGAAUUGCAACUCCUGACCCAAAUUCUGCCUUAAUCUUUCCUCCAAAAUUAUGCGAAUUCUGCCUUAUUCUUUGUUACAAAUCUGCCUUGUGCAUCUGCUUCAAUAUUCUUUUUGAUCUGCUCCAUAUGUACUCGUAAAUAUGCUUUAGUAUGAUUUUG